AUGGCGGACGAAAUCAAACAGACGAAGAUCGCAAUCAACCAAAAGAAACAGGCGAUCGCCCAAGAGGAGGCGACGCGCAAUGAAUGGGUCAAGGAACUAGCCGAGCUGGAGAAGCUGUAUGAAGCCACGGGCAACAAGGAAAUCGAGGCCAUGCGCCCAGAAAUGCAAGGCUACAUCACCACCCAAGAUGCCAUCCUCAAAACCCUCCGCUCAGAACUCGCCGCGCUCGAGUCCCAGCUGCCGCAAGCACCCCAAGCCGAUGGGCCCAAGUUCGACCCCGAGAAGCAUCCUUUGCUCAGGAAGACAGUCGAGAAGCAGGAGCCUGAGAAGAAUCACGUAUUCAGUACGGGGGACAUGUGCGAGGCGCAGUGGUCAGACAAGUCGUGGUACAAGGCCAAGAUUCAGAGCAUCCUCGGAUCUGUCUCUGCGCCCAAGUAUCUCGUGCGCUUCAUCGAGUACGAUGAUACGCUGACCGUCGACCGCGCCGCCGUACGCCCUCUGCCUAGCAAGCGCAAGCGCGAGCCAGAGACUGCACAAGCUCCUCCCCUGGCUGCCUCCGUCACCUCGACUCCCCAUGUCAUAUCGGGGCCCGCCAGUAUCAACCCCAACGCACAGAACGGGAAGAACAAGGCCACAACAAACGAUGCCGACAUCAAGCCGGCGAGCCGUGUCCCCAACAAGGGCAUCCUCAAGAAGAGAGCCAGCGCCUGGAAUGACUUCCAGGCCAAGGCCAGUAAGAAGGGCAUCACGAAGAAGGACUCCAUGUUCCGCACUAGCACUGAGGCCGGCAGUCGGGUGGGCUUCACUGGCUCUGGCAAGGGCAUGACCGAGACCCAUAAACGUCUACGCUACGACCACAAGGCCGAUGCAGAGCUGGACCCAGAAGAACAUCCAGACACUAUUCCCUCGCAGCCUUCCCACCCUCGCAAGCGCAUCUGA